AUGCCCAGUAGAUUUUUCAAAAGGAAGAUUUUCCGUACUCGGAGCGAAAGCCCUGACUUCGGUUUUUCUUAUGGAGGCGGAUACAAGUCGAACGAGAGAUCGUACUCCUCGGCUUCAGACAGUACAAACUCGAUGUCAGAGUCCGACUAUUCGAUGUCAAGUUCGAAUUCCAAGUCAAAGCGACCGUCUGUUAAUCAGUCACAUCAACAUCCAAUACCCUCAAUGCAAGGGCCAUUUGUCGAAUCGAUGAGAUGUCCAGAUGUUGACGUCGAAAACGCCACAAACCCGAAAGGGGUGGACCUAAGAUACCAUCCUCUUGUCAAGGUCAUUGCCCAGAUCGCUUUCGGCAUGCACCUACUCCACAAGAAGCUUGCAAAGUCGGAGACCGAAGUGGUCAAGAUUCUACAACGACAUGUUGACGAUAUCAACAGAUUCUUGAACAAGGCAACUACAAAGUUUGAUUCAGCACUCUCGGAUAUCGACGAGAGACAUAGGAAUCUGAAAACGGCCGUGGAUAACUCGACAGUCUUCGAGAAAAUGCUAGCUACCGAGCCUGUGUUCAGACAACAGAUUGCGGAUGGCAACAAGAAAGUUGAAUAUGUUGUCAAGCGAACUACAUCCAUAAUGGAAAAGAAUCUCCGAGACGUGUGUGAAGGAACCCGCGCUCUCGGAGAACUUAUAAAAUACAUGAACGUAAUACGAAAAGGCUGGAAGAAUACCGGUCUCGUUCGUACUUACGGCGUCAUGGUUAGCAAUGUUGAAGUAUGGGGACGCUGCUUUGAAAGCUUGAGAAAAUCCGGAGUCAAUCUCGCACUAAGCCUCGAGAAGCUAAAAAAUGUUAUGGGACAAGUCGAUAAGCGGGUCAAAAGGGCAGGCAAAGCCAACUCCCGCUCGAGAAAAUCAUCCUUUACGAAGGACACAUCCUCGAAGAUCCUAAAGCAUGCGAAGUCUAUGCCUGGCCUACCAGUGAUCCCUAAGAGGACAUCGUCUCUGAAGAUUAGGGAUUCAGCCUUGGCUCCCUUGGGUCUAAGAUCGAUGUUCCUAGGCGACUCUGAAAUCUCGCUUGUAUCUUCAAGACCACCUGCCAGUCACAAGCCAAAUCUUAGAAUCCGUUGCGACAAUCUUGAAGAGACCAGCUUCGUUGCUCAAUCGGACAAAUCAACUUUCCUCAACAUCGACGAAAGUGACUAUGAAGACCCAGACCAUGAUACUCCCACUACUGUUACAUCCUUAACCCCUCGCCCGCGACAGCCAAACCACUGGAAACCCCUCCCUCCAACCCCAAUAACACCCCCUGCCGACAUGCUCGUCUCUGACAACUUCUCACGUCCCACCACAGCUGGAAGCUUUUCCGAGUUCAGAGCUGCUCCACAGCCCAAGAUCCGGGACCUCAUUGACGAUAAAUCUUCCCCACUCACAAUAGAACUCUGUCUUGAAGGAUGCCUUGACGGCGAGACUAGCAUGUUCCAAUUACGCCCUGUGUAUAGCGAAACUGGACUUUCUCAUUCUAAAUCAUGCUCACCAAUAACCACUGUUCGGCCAUUGACCGUCCGCUCUGCUGCAAGGUGA